AUGACCGAAUCGUGCUGCUCCCCUUGCUGCCAGCCAACGUGCUGCAGGACCACCUGCUGCAGGACCACCUGCUGCCAGCCCAGCUGCUGCGGGUGCGGCGGUGGCUGUGGACAAGGCGGCUGCGGGUCCAGCUGCUGUGGGUCCUGCUGCUGCCAGCCUUGCUGCUGCCGCCCAACUUGCUGCCAGACCACCUGCUGCAGGACCACCUGCUGCCGGCACAGCUGCCGCGGGUGCGGCGGCGGCUGCGGGUCCAGCUGCUGUGGGUCCUGCUGCUGCCAGCCUUGCUGCUGCCGCCCAACUUGCUGCCAGACCACCUGCUGCAGGACCACCUGCUGCCGGCCCAGCUGCUGUGUGUCCAGCUGCUGUCAGCCCAGCUGCUGUGGGUCCAGCGGCUCCGGACAAACUUGCUGUGGCUCCAGCUGCUGUCAGCCAGCCUGCUGUACCCCUGUGUACUGCACGAGGACCUGCUACCACCCCACCUGUUGCUGCUUGCCUGGAUGCCUCGCCCAGGGCUGUGGAUCCAGCUGCUGCUAG